AUGGACCAGGACCAGCAAGGACCAGCAAGGACCAGGACAGGACCAGCAAGGACAAGGGCCCAGGACCCAAGGUCCCAGGACCAGGUCUGGGACCAGGACCAGCAAGGACCCAGGACCCGGGACCAGCAAGGACCAGCAAGGACCAGGAAUUACAAGGACAGGACCCAGGACCAAAAGGAGCCGGGACCGUCAGGACCAGAGCCAGCAAGGACCAGCAGGACCAGCAAGGACCCAGCAAGGACGGGGACCUGGGACCAAAGACCAGGACCAGGACAGGACCAGGACAGGACCGAAAACAGGACAAGGGCCCAGGACCAAGGUCACAGGACCAGGACCAAGUACCAGGACCCAGGACCAGCAAGGACCAGGACCAAGGACCAGCAGGACCAGGACCUAGGACCCAGGAGCCAGGUUAACAGGACCAACAGGACCUGGGACCAAGGUCCAGGACCCGAAGUCCAAGGACAAGGUCCAGGACCAAGGACCAGGUCAAGGACCAAGGACCAGGACCAAGGACCAGGACCAGGACCAGGACCAGGGACCGGGACCCAGGGACAGGACCGGGACCCAGGACCAGGACCCGGGACCCAGGACCCAGGGCCAGCAAGGUCCAGGACCUACAGGACCAAGGGCGGGACCAAGGUCCAAGGGACCAGCAAGGUCAGGACAUUGUUACAAGGAGCAAGGUCAAGGACCUACAAGGACCAAGGUCCAGGACCAGGACCAGACCAAGGACCAGGACCAAGGACCAAGACCAGGACCAAGGACAGGACCAACAAGGACCAGCAAGGUCAAGAACCUACAAGGACCAAGGACCAGGACCAGGACCAGCAAGACCAACAGGACCAGGACCAGCAGAACCAAAAAGGACCAGCAAGGAGCAGGACCAACAAGGAGCCAGGACAAGGACCUGGUACCAAGGACCAAGGACCAGGACCAGGACAGGACAAGGACCAAGGACCAAGGACCAAGGACCCAGGACCAAGGACCAAGGACCAAGGACCAAGGACCAGGACCAGGACCAUGGACCAGGACCAGGACCAAGGACCAGGACCCAAGGGACCAGGACCCAGGACCAAGGACCAAGGACCAAUGACCAAGGACCAAUGA